UGUAGCUAUGCUCAGAGAUGGGUUGCCUAUCUCUUCAAUCGGUGGAAACAAAAGUUUAAUUCUACCAAAUAAUCCGCUCUUUCUGAAGCAAGUGGAACACACAACCUAGUUGAAAUCAUAAGGAUAUGUGAAACAGAAGAUGGGGGAUUGGAACUUGUUGGGGAGUAUCUUAGAAGAGGUACAUAUUCAUUCAACCAUUGUGGGAAAAAUCUGGCUAACCAUCCUUUUCAUAUUCCGGAUGCUCGUACUUGGUGUGGCAGCAGAGGAUGUUUGGGACGAUGAGCAGAGUGAGUUUGUGUGCAACACGGACCAGCCUGGGUGUAAGAAUGUGUGCUACGAUGAUGCAUUCCCCAUUUCUCUUAUCCGAUACUGGGUGUUACAAAUCAUUUUUGUGUCCUCUCCCUCUCUGGUGUACAUGGGACAUGCACUGUACCGUUUGAGGGCCCUUGAAAAAGAAAGACACAAAAAAAAAGCUUUCCUGAAAGCAGAGCUAGAGGGCGCUGAGCCCGUUCAUGAAGACAGACAGAGGAUAGAGAGGGAGCUGAGGAAGCUGGAGGAACAGAAGAGAGUAAGGAAAGCUCCACUCAGGGGCUCCUUGCUGCGCACAUAUGUUUUCCAUAUCUUGACGAGGUCGGUGGUGGAGGUUGGCUUCAUAGUCGGACAAUAUGUACUCUAUGGCAUUGGACUGGAUCCUUUGUACAAAUGUGAGAGAUUGCCUUGCCCAAACAGUGUGGAUUGCUUUGUGUCCAGACCAACUGAGAAGAACAUUUUCAUGAUCUUCAUGCUCGUCAUCGCUGGGGUUUCUUUGUUCUUGAAUCUCCUCGAGAUAUUCCACCUGGGAGUGAAGAAAGUCAAACAAAGUCUGUAUGGAAAUAAAGGUGCAGAUGAUGACAGCAUAGUAUACAGGUCCAAGAAAAACUCCAUGGUCCAGCAGGUGUGUGUCCUUACAAACUCAUCUCCCCAAAAGAUGAUGCAGUUCACUCAGACAUCUUGCACAAUGGAUGCUGUCCCCUUGUACAUGCCUUCAGUAGCUCCUCACAAUGAUGGUGGUGGCACCAACGGUUCAGAGCAGUACCCUAGACAGCUGGGGGCCGUGGAGCGCUGCCACACCCUGGACCAGAGGAACCACUCAUGCAGCAGUGAUGACUCCAACAGGCCUAAAGGCUCAGGCCAAACUAGGCACAACGGAGCACAGCCACCUCCUUCACUCCUGGCCAGCCAUAUAGAGAUACCAGCAGCCCUGCAGAACCAGAUGCGCAAACAGAGCCGGGUCAGCGCUCUGCAGGACUUCAGUGACAUGAGUGAUUCACCUGACAGUGACCACUAUCCCACGGCGAGGAAGGCUAGUUUCAUGUCCCGGGGACUCUCUCAGACCAACCUGGCCAGUCCUUCUGAUAGCCCGAACUCCGGGAGUGGGGCGGACACAGAGGCAAAGCGUAUCGCCCAAGGAGAGAGCCCACCUAUGACCCCACCUCCAGCCAGUGGACGAAGAAUGUCAAUGAGCAUGAUUCUGGAACUGUCUUCAAUCAUGAAAAAGUGAGAACUGGCUGAGGGACCAGAAGGAUCUUGGUGGGGACCCUGAUCGCAAAGCGACACUUCCUUCUAAUUGCCUAAUUGUAUUCAUAAUAACAUAUGUAUAGAGCUCGCAAGUUUGUAAUCCUAAAAACUGGAAAAUUAGUUAGCACUGUUUCGUUCAGCCAUUCCUAUGGGGGAAUUGAAUAGGGAAAGAAUGGGGCUUUAGGAUGAACACCGAAAAUAAGGUCUUCGUAGCUCUUCUACGUUUUUGUUCUGAGAUAAUAUCAUUCAGUUAACAUGACCUUUAUGAAUUAUGAACCCUUUAUGUGCUUGUUUUGAUUACAUAAAUGCUUUGACAUUCACAAAAAGUGACAGCUGUUGAAGAUGAUCUCAUAGAACAAAACAUUUUAGACCUACUAAGCUUGUGUUUAAUACAGACCUUAUUUUCGGGCAUUUAUCCAAAAUCCAACAACAACAAAAUGUUUUUCCAAAAGGCUUUGGCCAACGAGCCAUGUCGGAGUUAGUUCCUAUAAAAAGACGCCAUUACUAUGUCUCUAUUGUGGACGAGAAGUAAAUGCUUUAGUACAAUUAUGUUGGCAUGGGUAGUUCUAAUUUCUAUUUUUUUAUUUGUCACAUGCUAUCUUUGCGGUAUCACAUUUCAGAUCAUUUUUGUGGAAUUUAUGAGUGAAAGCACAUUAAAAUGACAUUUGACUUAAAGUGAGCAUGUUCAUAUGAUGAGACAUUGGCCUUCUAAGGAAAUUCCUAAAUUUUAAAAGAUUCAUGGCUUGUGAUCGCUAAUACACUUGAAACACUGGGAUAUGGUAACCUCCACUAUACAAAAUAUUUUAUCUCAAAAUGUAAGAAUGAUUUUUGGAAGCACUUUGAUAUUGUUUACUGUACAAAAUGAUGAUAAAGUUGGAGAUAGAAGGGCUCUUCAAAUUCAACUAAAUGUGAAUUUAUUAAUGAACCAUUUUAUGGAUGUUUUUUCUAUUAAAUACAUUAUCUUCAACACUU